AUGCUUUGUAUCCCUCCAGUCGGGCCUCCGAAGAAAGCGGGGACUGGAACUCGCGAUAGCUUGUAUACAUUGCUCAACUCUAUUAAUAACGGGAAGCCGCUACUACAGAGGCGAAGGGGUGACAUGGUCGAAGAAGAUAAAGAGAUAGCAGAGCAUGAUAAGUAUGGAGUGGUCAUUGAUGCUGGCUCUUCAGGGUCAAGGGUCUACGUAUACAAGUGGACAGACCCGACUGCACUCGGAAAGGAAACAAGUGACGAAUCGGUACUGCACUCGGUUCCUCAUAUUCGCACUCGGAAGGAGUGGACAAAGCGCAUAGAGCCAGGUCUUUCGUCGUUCAAUAAGAAGCCGGAGCGGGCAUACAAGAAGCAUAUCAAAAUACUGUUGGAACAUGCCAAGGAAGUAAUCCCAGAGGACAAGCACCAUGAAACGCCAAUAUUCAUUCAGUCAACUGCUGGAAUGCGGCUGCUCUCGGAUGUGGAGCAAAAGCGUAUCACGGACGUGCUAUGUAGGAAGAUUCGCGAUGAGACACACUUUCUACUAGAGAACUGUGCAGCUCAGAUAGAGACGAUAGACGGGGAAACAGAGGGCAUAUACGGCUGGCUGAGCUUGAACUAUCUGAAGAAGUACUUUGAUGAGUAUGAUGGCAAGCUUACAGAUCAUAAAUCACACGGUUUUUUGGACAUGGGAGGUGGGUCGCUACAAAUAGCAUUCAAGCCUAGCGAUCCAGAAGAGAUAAGCAAACAUAGAGAGGACAUUUCUACGAUCACCUUGAAGAGCGUGAAUGGUGAUGUUCAACAAUGGGAUGUAUUCACAAGCACUUGGUUACGCUUUGGCACGCGCGAGGUACGGAAGAGAUAUCUAAAUCAGCUGGUACAUACGGCGUUGAAUGGCUCAGGCGAGAAGAGCCCAAAAGCCCUAAAGGAUCGGGGAGUCUACGAUCCAUGUCUUCCAAAGGGUAGUGAGCAUUCCUUCACAUAUUCAGGCACUGAGUUACGCAUCAAAGGGGUAGGAGAAUACGAACAAUGCAGUAAAACCAUUUAUCCGCUGUUACUGAAGAACUCUCCUUGUCUGGAACAGCCGUGCUCAUUUAGUGGGGUACACAUGCCAAAGAUAGACUUUACGAGAGAUUCGUUUCUUGGGGUAUCUGAGUAUACUUACACAAUUAACGACGUUUUCCAUAUGGACGCAGAAUAUAAUUUCAGCAACUUUAGUGGAAAAGUUCAGCAAUUCUGCGAAUUGGAUUGGCAAAAGAUUCUUCAGGAAAGGGAAAAUGGCAAUUACGGCGAUAUUUCCAAGUCGUCGCUGCUAGAAGCUUGCUUUAAAGCCAAUUGGGUUAUCAAUGUCUUACACGAGGGCUUCGGUAUCCCAAGAAAGGGUAUUGAUCCCCCAGAUGCCGGGUCAGGCGAUGUCGGAAACCAUAUUACGUUCUCAAGUGCAGAUAAUGUCAAUGGUAAUGAACUGACAUGGACUUUGGGAAAAAUUCUGCUAUAUGCAUGUAGUAUGGUACAACUAGGCGAAAAUAUAAAAGUCGGUUUACAACCGAGUGCAUUAUCUGCGAAGAACGAUGGUAAGAAAUUCAUUCCUGGUGGCAUAUCUCGCGAUCUAGAAUAUGAUUCGGUGAUGGUGCAAUUUCUUCAUUCGCUUGGCCAGAUGGUGCUCCUAUUUUCUGUGGGACUACUGCUAUAUUGGCUCUACGUGAAACUCCACAUCAAGCAGUACGUGAGCAUAAACAGUCUAAAGAGUGCCAUUAACUACGUAAGAGGGAAGAUAAACAAGAUAAGGUACAGCAAAGUCAUGAACCCUGGUCAAUUGGAACAACUUGAGGCAGGGGUUCUUCCGAUGUCUCGUUUCGGCGGGGAUAGGGAUGGUUUUAAGUUUAGAAGCAGGACUAUGUUGAAUUUGAGCCCUCAGGGAUAUGAGGACCAUCCUAUACCCGGCGGCCGCGCAUCUGGCGCUGCUUCACCUGCACUCUCGGAAAAUGCGAUGGGCACAAUAUUCUCUAUGGCAGACUUCUCGGAUUUUAACCGCCCAAGCUCUAACUACUAG